GUGUAUUUAAAUCCUAAACAUUAAACCUUCUUUUAUAGGGGGAAAAUCCCCCCAACUAUUGCUAACCCACCGAUGUGGCAAGCUGAAAUAUUUGACAUUUCAACAGCUGGAAAUGAUGUUAAUUAAACUGCAACAUUCUUGCAGAAAUAUUUUGUCGGCUCUUCCAAAUCUUACAGCAAUCACAGAGGCAAAGUCUGCUGCUAUUCGGAUCACAGAGAUGAUUGAUAGACAGCAAGCAAUUGACACUGAAGAUAAGAAGGGGAAAGCAUUGUCAUAUGUAAGAGGAGAGAUCGAAUUCAGUGGUGUAUACUUCAAUUACCCCUCAAGGCCUGAUACGCCUAUCUUGCAAGGCCUGAAUCUUAGAAUUUCGCCUGGAAAAACUACAGGACUUGUUGGGGGUAGUGGUUCUGGGAAAUCGACCAUCAUCUCAUUGCUUCAGAGAUUCUACGACCCCAUUGAAGGUGAUAUUUCCUUGGAUGGACACAAGAUAAAGAAACUCCAUCUUAAAUGGCUGAGGUCCCAAAUGGGUUUGGUUAAUCAAGAACCGAUCCUCUUUGCAACAACCAUAAAAGAGAACAUAUUAUUUGGAAAGGAAGGAGCAACCAUGGAAGAAGUGGAGAAGGCAGCUAAAGCUGCAAAUGGUCAUGACUUUAUUAUCAAGUUACCAGAUGCAUAUGAAACUCAGGUUGGCCAAUUUGGGCUGCAGUUAUCUGGAGGACAAAAGCAGCGAAUAGCCAUAGCGAGAGCUUUGAUAAGAGACCCAAAAGUCCUGCUGCUUGAUGAAGCUACAAGUGCACUUGAUUCACAAUCUGAAAGAGUUGUACAAGAAGCCCUCGAUCAUGCGUCUAUGGGAAGAACUGCAAUCGUCAUAGCUCACCGUUUAUCCACCAUUAGAAUGGCAAAUAGGAUAGUGGUCCUUCAACAAGGGAGAGUAAUAGAGUCUGGGACACACGAAGAGCUUAUGCAAAUGACUGACGGGGAAGGUGGAGAGUAUUACAAAAUGGUACAGUUGCAGCAACUAGCCACAUUAAAUGAUGUUGCCAACACCCCUAGCAAAAAGACUGGAGGAAGAAGUAGCUAUCGAAAGGGUACUGCUCCACAAAGUCCAUUCAACAUGAUCUCCAGUGCAGCCGCUACACCUGUUAUGUACCCGUUUAGCCCAGCAUUUUCCCGAAGUAGUGCACCACUCUCAGCUCCUUACUCCGUUCAGUAUGAAGAAUCCUAUGAAAGUGAUGAUGGCCAUUUCACAAAAGAGGCUUAUCGAGCACCUUCACAAUUGCGUUUACUGAAAAUGAAUGCUCCUGAAUGGGGCAGAGCCUUGCUUGGAUGCAUAGGAGCGAUAGGUUCGGGAGCUGUUCAGCCAAUAAAUGCCUACUGUGUUGGAGCAGUUAUAUCUGUUUAUUUCCGGCCUGAUAAAUCUUCCAUCCAAUCCCACACAAGGGUCUAUUCUUUUGUAUUCAUCGGUCUUGCUGUUUUCAACUUCUUCACAAAUCUUCUCCAACACUAUAAUUUUGCUGUCAUGGGAGAAAAGCUAACCAGAAGGAUAAGGGAGAAGCUGCUUGAUAAACUCAUGACCUUUGAGAUAGGAUGGUUUGAUCAAGAUGAGAACACUAGUGCAGCCAUAUGUGCCCGGCUAUCAACUGAAGCAAAUAUGGUUCGUUCCCUUGUGGGAGACCGCAUGUCACUGCUAGCUCAAGCAUUCUUUGCCGCUACAUUUGCUUAUACAUUAGGACUUUUCCUAACAUGGAAGCUGGCCCUAGUGAUGAUGGCAGCUCAACCCUUGCUCAUUGGAAGCUUUUAUGCAAGAAGUGUUCUGAUGAAAAGUAUGUCUGGUAAAGCACAGAAAGCUCAAAGGGAAGGAAGCCAACUAGCAAGUGAAGCUGUUAUUAAUCAUAGAACUAUAACUGCUUUCUCAUCUCAGAAAAGGAUAGUAGGGCUCUUUAAAGCCACAUUAGAAGGUCCUAGGAAGGAAAGCAUCCGACAAUCUUGGUACGCCGGUGUAGGACUGUGUAGCUCUCAAUUCCUAGCUGCAGCUUCUACAGCUUUAGCUUACUGGUAUGGUGGGAAGCUAUUAUCACAAGGGGAAAUAUCCCCUGAGAAACUUUUUCAAGCAUUUCUAGCACUGCUUUUCACUGCAUAUACCAUUGCUGAGGCAGGAAGCAUGACUAAAGAUAUAUCUAGGGGAAGUAACGCCGUGGGUUCAGUCUUUGCAAUUCUCGAUAGAAACACCGAGAUUAAUCCAGAUCAUUCGUCAGCAAUAGAUGCAAUAAGAACACAAAUAACGGGACAUGUGGAGCUGAAAAGAGUAUUCUUUGCUUACCCAUCAAGACCAGACCAGCUGAUUUUUAGAGGAUUAAGCCUCAAGAUAAGUGCAGGAACCACAGUAGCAUUAGUUGGACAAAGCGGUUGUGGCAAAUCAACUAUAACUGGGCUUAUUGAAAGAUUUUAUGAUCCAGACAAAGGAUCAGUCUAUAUCGACGAUAGGGAUAUAAAAGACUACAACUUGAGAUCGCUGAGGAAAAGUAUCGCAUUAGUUAGCCAGGAACCAACUCUCUUUGCAGGAACUAUCUAUGAGAACAUUGCCUAUGGAAAAGAGAAUGCCAAGGAAUCUGAGAUCAGAAAGGCAGCUGUGCUUGCUAAUGCUCAUGAGUUUAUAAGUGGGAUGAAUGAUGGAUAUGAAACUCAAUGUGGACAAAGGGGAGUGCAGCUAUCAGGAGGUCAGAAACAAAGAAUAGCCAUUGCCCGAGCAAUACUCAAGAACCCAAAAAUCAUGCUGUUAGAUGAAGCAACUAGUGCUCUUGACACUGUAUCUGAAAGCGCAGUCCAAGAAGCACUAGAGAAGAUGAUGGUUGGGCGAACAUGCAUUGUUGUGGCUCACCGCCUAUCCACAAUACAGAAAGCUACUUCCAUUGCUGUCAUCAAGGAUGGAAUAGUUGCAGAGCAAGGCUCACAUUCUGAUCUACUUUCUAUAGGAAAAAAUGGCUCAUAUUAUUCUCUGGUAAAAUUGCAAGGGGGAAACUCUCCUUACAGGUAAACUACAAAAAACAUGAUAGUAGUGUCUCAUAUUAAGGAUCUUGUCUUAUGCUACAUGUGCCACCAUUUUUGUAAAUUUGAGAUAGGGUACUUUUCCGUUGAAUAUUUUGAUCCCAUUUCAUGUAUUUCUUCCAAUAAAUGUUACAAAAUUAUAUCA